AUGGGCCGCGGUCCGCCUCUGCGAUACUUGGUGGAGGUGACGCCGCCUCCCCCAGAACGGCACUCGGCCCCAAGGACCAGGGCACCAGGUCAGCCAAGCACGGCCGAGGUACCUCGCCCCAAAGAUUCCCGUGCAGAGACACCCAACCCAGCCAAGAGAAGCUGGAAGCUGGACGCUGGACGCUGGAAGCAGCCCCCAAUAGUCAAGCCCAAGAUCCAAGACCCAAGAUCCAAGCCACCCUCCAACGUGCAAUGCAACCUUAGCGUCGUCCACUGCCAAAACGCAACACCGCAACACCGCAGCACCGCUACGCUCCGCUACGUUUCGUCUUCGUCCCUCUUCUCUUCUCUUCCCUUCCAAGGCUUCCUCGCCUUUUCAAUCCUCGUCUCGUCUUCGUCGACAACUCCGACCGGUUCUCUCGUUCCCCGUAACCACCUCCCGGGUCGACGACUCUCGACCGUUUCGACUCGACCAAAUCGACGACCCCUCGGCUUCCACUGCGCACCCCGCGGGCGAUCAACCCACAAGUCUCUCGCCUUCGUCGACGGGAUACGAGCAACCGUAACGCAACGCCAGACAAGCGAGCCGCACCGCACUACCAAAUACGAAUUCCUGGCCAGGCACCGCCGCUGCGGGCGAAACACCCCAAAACACCCUGUCCGCCCUUUUGGCGCCUAA